CGACUGUUGACAAGCUUUGAUGAAGGACAAAAGCCUACGUUGCAACGACACCGACGCGGAGGAAACCCACAACAGUGCAAUUUAUGAGAUACACAAUGGCAGAUUUGAACUGGCCGUUGAAGGCGAGCUUGCGCGCGACGCCCAGCAUGGCGAUGCUCGGCUGUGUCUCGAGCAGGAUGAGACUCUUAAUUCUUUUCGGCAACACAUUCAUGACCUUGAGAAAGAAAGGGAGCUUUUACUGAUACGAUUGUCCUCUGUUGAAAUGGAUUACGAAAUGCAGAUAAAAGAAUUACAAAAUAGUAUAGUAUCCAUGCGAGUCGAUAUUCGAAAACAAAAGGAAAUGUACGAAAAGAUCGAGGGAGAACGCCUUUCAACCAUUACGCAGCUAGCUCACCGGAAUAAGUCUAUGUCAAAGCGGCUUGCUGCAGCUUGUAAAAAUGAGGCCCAGCUGAAACACGAAAUACAAUCUCUACGUUCACAGUGUAACAGUCGUAAAAGCACUAUCCAUGAAAACUUCCAGCAGCUGGAAAUUUUAAGGAGAGAAAUAACCCAGUUACGAUCUGAGAAAAUGCAACUUGAAUCCCAGCUACGGGAACUUAGCCAAGAUAAGGAAGAAUUGCUACGUUCCCUGAUUGGAUGUGAAGAUUACAUUACAGAAUUAAAGCGAAAAAAUCAAGAGCAAAUUACUGCAAUCCAAUCCCAAGAUACUGAGAUCGCCCAUUUGCAAGAAAAAGUCAAUACACUACAUGAACACAUACAGGCACUAUCGAAUCAGAGCGACCAUGCGUCUAACACUUCUUCAUCCUGUUCCUCUGCAAGGCAUACGCAGCCUCACCGUUCACUUCUUGCGGAACUGGCCGAAAGACGUUUGGAUUUGGUUCAUGGUGAGCCUAAAGGACGAUCAUUCGUACGAAAAACUUGUGCUGUCAAAUUAAAUGCUAUGCUACAAGGCUUUUUAUGUGCUAUGGCUACCCAUAAAGACAAAGGUUGCAUAUACAAACAUGACUGCACCUAUUCCAAAGCUGUAUUCACCCUUCUUAUCGACAAUUACCAGACAGAUCUUUAG